UUGGUGUUCAAUUUGGUUCUAAAUCUCGUCGCGUGUGGUGCAUGGAACCGCAGCUGUUCUCCUUCGUUGUCCGCCAUGGUACUGCUGAAAGUGAUUAAGUAUCUAGUGGGAUGCGUGGCGCGCGUAUGCCAUGAGCUGUCCCAGAACAUGACAUCCCUCAACAAAAUGUUUAAAUAUCAUUUGCUGGAGGUCAAUUGACCCCCAAGGA